AGUGAUAGUGGAGGGCCAGCAGUGGGCACUGCUUUAUAAUCAGUCUUUGACAACCUUUACAGAACUGCUCCCGCACUGCAGCUAUGACUCUUCGUUACACGGAGCAACACUGUCAAAGGAACUUAGCGGGAACGUCUUUGCUUAAGGAAAUAUGAAGGUCAGUUGGAACGCUUUCCUAAGCAUUUGGCGUAGCCUCUUCACACGAUUCUGGAGAGCUAUCAUGCCACCGUCCUCUCAAAAUGAGGAAACCAAUCAUAGAAGUAGUACCCAAAAUAAGAGCGGGUGGAACACUUUGCUGAGCAUUUGGGGUAGCAUCUUCACACUCGUCCGGAGAGCUUUCAUGCCCAAUAAUACUCGUAACAGUCUACAGUCACCUCAAUAUGAAAUGGACAAUUCCACGGUUCUCAUGUCAUUUUGGCCUGUUGAAAAAAAGGACAAGUACUGCGAGUACGACUGCGAUUACGACUCCGAGUACGACUGCGAGUACGACUGUGAGUAUGACUCGACGUGGGAGGAUCAAACAGGAGAAACUGUUCGUAGAAGAAGCGCCCAACGUUCAUACAGGUUUAACAUAUUCAGAAAUGCAGCAAGAGAUAUGCAAAAGUAUCGACAUGAUUAUCCAGAGCGUACUAUGAACAAUUACUCCAGCGUUCAAGAUAUGCCUAAUUUAAAGUUCUACCUUGGACAAAGGACCUCUUCUCCCGAUGGUGUCUCCAUUGAUGACUUUCACAACAAAUGGAAAGGGGAUUAUUCAAAACUGGAGAGAGUCCACUCAUACAUCCAAUGGUUGUUCCCUCUUCAAGAACCAGGAAUGAAUUACCAAGCCAAGGAACUAACCAAGAAGGAAAUUAAGGCUUUCCUCCAAAAUGACACAGCCAAGCAGAGACUGCUCAAGUCCUAUAAGCUCAUGUUGGACUUUUAUGGCAUAAAGCUGUCAAAUGAAACAACAGGAGAUGUGGAAACAGCAGAAAACUGGCGUAAGCGAUUUGAGAACCUGGACAGAAACUCACACAACAACCUUCGAAUCACCCGCAUCCUGAAGUGCCUGGGCACCCUGGGUUUCCCCCACUACCAGGCCCCGCUGGUCAAGUUCUUCCUGGAACAGACACUGGUCAAGGGCAGGCUGGACAGUGUGAAGGAAAGUGCACUCAACUACUUCAUCUUUGCUGUCCUUGAUAAGCAAGAGCGAAGGGAAUUAGUGAAGUAUGCCUACCAGCACUAUGAGCCCAAACAUGAGUUUGUGUGGUGCCCCAAGACAAUUCAGAGUAUGUUUGAGGAGGAGCCAUUCUCAGGUGAUGACACAACAGCUAUUAAACAGGGGAAUAUGUACAUUGCACAUGGUAACAUUCCCAUGAAUAAGAUUAGAAUGGCAGGUGAGGCCAGUGACUUCAUGCAGUUGGAUCAGCAAAGUUACAGUGGGGGGAUGACAGAGGUAUCAAUACCUCAGAAUAACAUGCCAAGUCAGUGGGGCCAUGACACAGGGUCCAGACAGGGCUCCAAGACUAAAAAUGGAGGGGAUCAAAACACCCGUAAUGAUUCAGCAACUGAGCAUCUGCUAAUUAGUCAAAAUAGUACUUCUCAUUCCAGUUAUGGAGCUUUGGCAAUUAGUAACUCAAUAGCUACCACUGACCCUACCACUAAGGCACCUAGCAGUGAUCAGAGAAAGAGAACAGCAGUCAAGAGAGAAGAGGGCCCACCUAUCAAAUAUAGAAGAGGUUCAGAGGAAGAUACUCAUUCUGAUAAUCUCAACAAUUAAGAAAUAACAAUGACAUUAUAGAUGAGCUAAAAGAUAGCAAAUGAGUUGACGUUCAAAAGAAAAGAGAAAAAGUAAUGUGCGUUAGGUAGCUACAGGUGAGAAAGACAGUGGAGAUUAUGUGGGAGAGCCCAACACAGCCACUAAUGAUUACAACAGAGGAACUUAGAGAUCAAAAGCAUUGAUGUUUCAGGAGGUAAUGAGCUGUCACCAGCCCAGCAAAAAUAAACUGCUUCUUUUAGUGCGCAAGGCGUUGUGGUCUAUAUUACCCCAAAAAGCAUGCACGUAUGAAUACUUCGAAAAUCAGAGAGAAAUAGUAGAACAGCUAAGAACUUUUGGCAUACUAUAUUCAGCGUACGAUGGCUUGGGACAUACUUAUCUUCUCACAUACUAAUCUGGCAUACAAUACUGUAUAGAAUGCCUGUAUGCGAUUUGAGAUUCAGCCAUGGACUUUGAACUACCAAUCACAAUCAAAAUGAGGUUCAAGUGUGUUGCAGGUUGUUGGAGAGGGUGAUGCACUGCUCUGUCUUCCUCAAUUGGUAGAAUCAAUUGCCACUCAUGAGAGGCCUGUAAUUUUCAUCAUAUGUACACUUCAACUAUUAGAGACAAAAUGAGAGAAAAAAAUC